UGAGCGGAGUCGGGUCGGGUCGGGUCGGGUCGGGCCGGGCCGGGCCGGGCCGGUUCAGUUCAGUUUAGUUCAGUUCAGAUCAGAUAGGGCUGAGCAGGUCCGAGUUGGCCAGACCAGACCAGACCAGACCAGGCUAGGCCAGGCUGAGGCACGCCGCAACGGGCCAAGCCGGAGGCGCCGCUGCCCGCGAUGGAGCUGCGGGCGCUACGGAACCGGCUGAGGAGAACCGAGCGGGACCUGCGGGCGGUGCAGGCGGAGCUGGCCAGCACGAGCGCGAGUGAUCCUUGCGGCCCCUGCUCCCGUGAAGCUGUAGACCUCGCUCUUGAGGACCUCCAUCAGCCUUUCUGCAGCUACCGAGGCUUUUCCAGCUCGAACAGUGCUUGUAAAACAACUUGCCAGGAGUUUCAAAGAAAAUUGGAAUCCUACUCAGUAUCCACAAGUUCUGAUAAAAGCAUGGAUGAAAAUGACCAUCUUAAGGAGACGCUGGAUGCCCUUCAUGAGCAAAAUGCAUCUUUGACUUCUCAGAACCACUACCUAAAGAACAGAGUGGAAACCAUGAACUUUGAAUUGAUGCAGUCAAAAGCAAGAGUUUUUUAUCUUGAAUCGACUUUAAAUACACAUUUAGUAAGCAUUCCGAAGUUAAAAGAACAGAUUGUAAACUUGAAAGCAGAAGUUUCAGCUCAAGAUAAAAUUCUGAGGGAUACAGAAGAUAAACUAGAUCAAAGCCAGAAAACAGGAAUGGAAAGAGCAAACAUACUGCAUAGAUAUAAAAAGGACUGUAAAAGUCUGAAAAUGGAGUUAAUUGAACAAAGCAAGCAAGGAAAGAGAGCAGAGCAGCAGAGAAAUGAAGCUUUGUUGAAUGUGGAAAAGCUGGCAAGAGCUUUCGAUACGUAUAAAGGAAAAAUGACUGAAAAAUUAAAAGAGGUUAAAGCUGAAGAAGUCAUCUUGGGAAACCAUUUAAUUAAUUGUGAGAAAGAAAAAGAGAAGUUGAAUGAAGAGUGUGUCAGCUACAAAAAAGAUCUAGACAUCAUAGAGGAGCAAUUAAGGCAGUUAAAGGAAGAGAAUCUUAGCACAAAAGAAGAAAUUAAGACUCUAGAGGCGACAAACGCUGAAAUGGUAUCGAUGCUGACUCGUUCUGAUCAUAAGAUCAUUGAGCUUGAGAGUGAACUUAGUGAAAAAGAAAUAGAACUUAAAGAGAAAAAUGUGCUAAUAAGCGAAAAUGCAGAGCUGAGAGCACUUACUGCACAGCAACAUAACCACUUGAAAUUGUGCCAUCAAGAAAUUCAAGAUUCAAGGCAAGAGCUCAGCGUACUAGAAACCAUUGUUUCCCAGUUGUCUCUGAGUACAUCUGAAGAGUUUAAAUGGCACCAUUUGAAACAUCAGCUUUCCAGUUCCUCAACAAAAGAAGCACUCUCUGAAUCUUGUUGUGAAUCAAAUAAGCCUUCAAUUGCAGACCUAAGCAUUAAACUGGCAAUGGAAGAAGCAGAAAUGCAAAAGCUUUCUGCAAAUUUAACAACCUUUACUGGAGCUAAGCAUCUUUCUAAUGGUAACGAAGGACAAGCAAGUAGCAGGAUGUGUGGGCUGGAAACGGAGCCUGUCAAACUGAUAAGAAGUCAAGAAGAGGGGAGAAAUUAUCAACAGUUGGAACUUAUCAGCAAGCAAUUUGAGAAGGAGAGGCAAAGGUUUCAGAGAGAGAUAGAAGAGUUACACACUAAACUGACAAAAGCAGAUGAUGAGAACUCUUCUUUGAGGACCAGCAUGGCUUGGAGAGACAGUCAGUUUCAAAUCAUACAGGAAGACCUAUUGAAGAAGGCUUCAAAAACCAGUAGCUUAGAGAGAGAGAUAAAAAAGAAAUCUUCUCAACUUUCUGCACUUGAGAAACAGUUGAAAGAGAAGAGUAUCGAUUAUUCCACUGUGGCAGCUAGAAAUGCUGAGCUGGAACAGGAACUCAUGGGAAAAACCAGACACAUUAAGGAGUUGGAAACAACUAUCAGUGAAGAACAGGAGCAAGCAGCUUCUGCUUUUGAAAAAGCAAAGCUGGUUCACCUUGAACAGGACAAGGAGAUGGAGAAACAGAUUGAACUGCUUCAGAUACAGCUGGAGAAGAAACAUCAAAAAAUUAGUGAACAAGAGAAAAUAAUAUCUAUUUUGCAACAAGGCGUUGUACAUAAGCAGUGUCACAUUGACUCAUUGGAUGGGCUGCUGGCAGAAAACGGAGAGGAAAUGGAAAAUCAAAAUGUCAAGAAAGAUCAAGAACUGAAGAUGCUGCAGAGUCAAUUAACAGAAGAAAUAAUCAAAGUGAGACAACUGAAGUCAGCACUAGAUGUGUGUAAGGAAGAAGUUGGACUGUAUUUGAGUCAGUCACAAGAGAACAAGGAAAUAUUUGAAAAUCGGCUAAAAAAAAAGUCUGAAGAGGUUCAUUAUCUACAGAAAGAAAUAAAACUAAAAGAUCAGAAUAUUCAGGACAUGAGUGAACAAAAUAUUCUUCUGCAAGAAACUUUGCAUCAUCAGCAACAAAUGUUACAGCAGGAAACUCUUAGAAAUGAGGAGCUGGAAGAUAAUCAAAUUAGGCUUGAAAAACAGUUAUCCAGUUUGGAACAAGAGCUUCAGAGACAGAAAUCACAUGCAGAAGACGAGCUGAGAAAGGCAGAGGGGAAUCUGCGCCUAUCUGCCCAGGAAGCAGAUUUCAACAAACGGAAGACAGAUGAACUUAACAGGACAAUCAGACAAAUUAAAUUAGAGAUGGAUCAGUGCAAGAAUAAACUUACUGCUAUGGAGAGAGAAGUAGUGCAACUAAAACAAGAUGGUGAAGACAAAGCAAUGCAGAUAAAUCAGCUGGGUUUGACUUUGGAAGAAGCGCGAUCAGAGCUGAAUGAGAAGGCAAAUGAGGUGAACGAUUUAGAGGAUAAACUGCUUCAAAGUGAGAAUUACCACAGGGAAGGCUUACAGAAAAUAGCAGAACUAGAAUCUGCAUUACAGAACGCCCACGGAGAAUUAAAAAUCGCUUUAACACAGCUUCAGGAAUCGAAAGAGGCAUUACAGAAGGCACAGUCCUCUCUGGAGGAGAAGCAUGUUGCUAUUGUGGAUUUAACAACUGAGCUCAGGUAUUGCAAGAGAGAAAUAGAAGACAAAACCCAAGAACUCCUUAGCAUGGACCAAGCACUGAAAGAAAGGAAUUGGGAACUGAAACAAAGAGCAGCUCAGAUUACGCAGUUGGAUAUGACGGUUCGUGAACAUAGGGGAGAAAUGGAACAGCAAAUAAUUGGAUUGAAGUGCAAUUUAGAGAAAUCAGAGUUAGAAAUUAAAGAAUGCAAUAAACAGAUUGAGAGGCUAGAGAAGAAACUCCAGCAUUCUAAAGAUGAGCUUCAUGAAAAAGAGUUCAAAUUGCUCCAGAGAGAUCAGGAAAUAACUCAACUGAAGAAAAAAAUUGAAAGAAAAGAACAGAGCCUCAAAGCUCUUGAAAAGGUAAGGUGUUCCUUGGAUACACAACAAGUUACCAGUUUUUAAUGCCUUUGCUGUAACUGCCUGGAAGGAACGAUACUGUUAAACUGGGGUUUUUGACCAGGAUUUCUGUCCUGGUCCAUUCUGGCGUUUGGGACUCAUUCAGUGAGGAUCUGCUAAUAACACAGCUCUCUGCUACUCUUAGAAGUUGUAUAUAUUUCAAAUAAUGAAACUGGAAACGUUUUCAUUUUUCUGAUAAAUUGAAGUAACUUCCUUUAUUUAAAACAAACAAGUGAACCAGGUUUGAUUUGUAGCUAUUUAUAGCAAACGAAUCUUUUCUGACAGUUCCUUGCUGAAAAGAGGAAGAAAAUUGUGUUAAAAAUGGUAAGUGAAGUAAGAAAAAAUACUGCUUACUUACUAAAAUUAGUGAUAAUUUAAGGAAGACUAAAUUUUAUGUUUUUGUAGAAGUAUACGUAGUAAAAAAGAAGUUGCAGUAAUAAUCUUUCAUUCAUUAGGUGUAAGCUUAUUAUGUGCUACUUACAGAUGUCUCUGUACUCUAUUUAUAGCAUUCCUCAUACAGAAAGAAUAAGUAUGCAGCUGAACAUUAAUAAGUAGCGCAUGAUCACUUUUGUAUUUAUGAGUAACGGGAGCCACAAUAUGAUGUGAUGUUACAAAACGGGCUGAUAAAGGCCUCUGGUGCCACAGCGCUGGCAAACAUGAACGUAGCUGCUGUGUAUGAUCUACUAGACCAAACAUGUCGUUGACCACCUUGUACUGCGGUUUGUUUUUUUCUAUAAAAGAACUGUCCGGUAAUGAGGUCCAGCACAUAAGCAUGUUUUUUAAAGGGGAGGGGAACUAAACCUCUAGAAAUUAUCAAGAAAAAAAACAAACGACCCCAAACAUGCUGUGUUUGGCUGCAGUCGUCCCUGUAUCCUGUAGAAAAUACAGAAUGCUUACGUUAAUGUUGAUAAGAUUUUCUUCACUUUGUGCUGGUAGGAAUCAUAGGCUUCUUUUCCUCUUAAUGGUGUUUUUACAAGCACUUGCUGACCUGUUAGAAGCUGCAGUUGUUACGAACUGAAACACAAUGGUGCAGUUCAAUAUGAAGCCUUAACCUUACAGAGGAACUAUGUCAAAAUGCAGGGCUCCUUUAAACUGUACAAAGUGUUUGCAGGGAACUGUAUAUCAAGAUUUUUUCUCAAAAUAUUCUGCAUAAUAUUUUCCUACUUAGCUGCCAGAACUUAAUGUAUGUUGAAAAACUUGUAAAUUCUGCUCAUUUUGAAAGCAAAUGCAAUUCUGUUACAAGAACCGUGAAUAAGAAUGCAUUCCUAGCCAGUCUGAGGUCAGAAUCUGAGAAAGAAGCUGUGGUCUUGAGGCCCGAAGCUGGUUGUCUCGAAUUUGUAAGAUAAAACUUUAUAAUGAGCAGUAACAUCUUGACACAAAUGGAUUUAGAUGUGCUAAACUGACUGUAGAAGUUUAAAGGAACGUUCUGAUCGUAGAUAUUUUG